CAAUAGCAGGUUACAAAUACGGCAAGUGAUCACGGAAGGCAGCCAUCGGCAUCACUAUGCCCUCUAUGCUCUCUCUAUUCAUACUAUAUGGUCUUGUCGUAAUCGCUAACAGUAUAGAAGAGUGCAGUCGACCAAGGACCACAUGCCUUGCUAAGGAUGUCUGUGGCCUUCUUGGUGGCACAAAUCGAGGCCCCUGCUUUCGAGGCGUCUGUUGCGACAAAACUCACGUCAGUGCAAAACAGUGCACAACUCGAGGCACCACGUGUAUGGCAAGAAAAAUGUGCAAGCUUUCGAAUGGGAAGAUUCGUGGCAGGUGUUUUAAAGGUGUUUGCUGCAAGAAACAAAAGAAAAAUUCCUGCAAGGCAUUUGGAGGCGAGUGUCAUCCUAUGAACUACACCUGCAACAGCUUGAACCACGCGAGCAAAAAGUGUGGAAGAAAUAAGAAGUGCUGCAUAUGGGUGAACUAGCCGAAUAGGCUCGUCAUCAUACCGUCCAUACUGCUGAAAAUACAAGAAUGUGGCCAUGGAAUGUCGAUACUGGCACCACAUAUUGCUCGAUAUCAGUUUUCUAUAAUUUUUUAUGGACGAAAACAAAUGCUUGCAAAAUAAAAAAAAAUUGAAGAACUCUUU